AUUGCAUCUACGGUCACAUCAAACGGUGCGGAACACCACUCCAUAGGGAACUGUUUGAUUUGGUGACCGAUCAGAUGCAGAAGCGAUUCCGGGCUUUCAUAUGUCAGGACGGACUCGAGCGCCAGACGUACGUAUCGCACGGCCAGUGUAUAUACGAGAACGUGAUCGGAGUGGACGCCGCCAUCCCCUGCCUUAACAACUAUUUGCUGGCCUUCGAGCACUUGGCCACCGAUGGGGUACACGACUGGCGAUCGACCCUAUGCUGCGCCCACCGGCGCAAGGAGUUGUGUACCGACGCCCUGGCGUUAGACAACUGCGGACCGGAGGCGCGACAAAAGUUUGAGGUUUUCUUCGAUCAAAUCCAUUUCGGCUUCUUUGAGAUGGUCUGCAGUUUCGGUGAGGAAUUGGAUCCCAAGUCCGAUCAGUGCGUCAAAGCCUUUCCCAACGCCGAUCAGGAGCCCAGGGGUCUGAAGAGCAAGAGUUAUAUAAGCAAAAUGUUGUACAGAUUUUUUCCGUUCAAUUACGUGCCGAUGGAUAAGCGACACAAAUAUCAGUCGAAACUCAAUCAGACUUUGAAUUAA